AUGCGUGGGAAAUGGCUGGGCACUUUCCAAUUCUAUCGCAAAUCCGAUGCUGGUGAAAGUGGUCAAUAUAUGCUGGACCACAAGGCAGAGGCCAAACCGUUCCUUGCGACGAGAAUCGACGAUGUCUUCCUCCCCAAACGAUUUACCUGGGCCACCGGCCGGCCGAAGCCCGUGGGCCCUCCGAAAAUCUGUAUAACCAGCACGUCUAUCGUCAUCGGCAUCAAUAUCAUCCUCACGAUCAUCGCAUUCAGCAUCGGAUACUCGAAAUAUAGCCCGAGCGGUUUCGUGACCGUGCCGUUGUACAUAGGAAGCUGCACCCUGACGAAGAACUGGUCGAUCGGAUUACAUGUGGUGAUCAACAUGCUGGGGACGGUCAUGUUGGCCGCUAGCAACUAUUGCGCGCAGUAUCUCGCCGCGCCGACGAGGGAGGAUGUUGAUCAGGCGCAUUCGCAGGGAUCCUGGAUGGACAUUGGUAUUCCUAGUCUGAGGAGUAUUCGGAAAAUGAAGUGGCAGAAUAAAGUCCUUUGGAUUGUCCUCAUGGUCACCUCAUUGCCAAAUCAUUUGAUAUACAACUCGGUGAUCCUGAACGCAAGAUCCACCAACGAAUAUACUGUUAUGGUUGCGCCUCGUGAUUACGACGGGUCGAAGCCACUGAAUGUGAGCGGCGAAGUGGCCUCUUGCUUUCCCAAUAAACUGGGCCAGUCAUACAGCCAGUUCAACGCCGAGAUGGAAUCAGGGAACUUCCAAAUCCUGACCAGAGAGCAAUGCAUGAAGAAACUGGCUGUCAAUUUGCCCUCCGGUCAAGGAACUGUCGUGGUCCUCUCUGGCAAUCUCACAUCAGACGACGAAGACCCGCUCGCAUUGGCUGGUCUGGGCAACGCGAUCCAUGAUCUGUCGACGGAUUGGCCGUCCUAUCAGUGGAUGUGCGCGGGAACAACACCCGAUGGAUGCCCCUUGGCAGAAAUGGAAGAGAAUAUCGACAAUUGGUCGGUCUCUGCUGUUCCAUGGUUGGAAUCUAACUGGAGAGUGACUGUGCCGGCUGAGCACGGCCAGACCCUUACUUAUUCGAAGAGCAACUAUACUGGUUGCCCUCACUGGGCCAAUAUGACAUACUGCGAUGACCUCGACUACGUUGCCUAUAUGGCAUGGGAAUACGGGGGUUCCUCCGCUCGUAGAUUCAAUUCAAACUUGCACGAUCCCGUCUACGCCUGGAACAAUCCUAGCUGGGCAGCCGAGGUGCGUUUUGAACAAGCCGAGGCAACCUGUCGGCCUACAUAUACUUCCACGCGCGUGUAUGACAUGGGCGAUAGCUACACGGUGGAUGGCUGUUUGAGUAUGCAUGUAGCUGAACGCUGUCAGUUGCUCUUUGUUCCGUCUUUUGCAAUCGUGGUAAUCGGUUGCGGCGUCAUUAAGCUGGUUUGUGUUGUUUUAAUAGCUCAUCGUGCAUCGACCAAGAAGCUCCUUACCGUCGGGGAUGCCAUUGCCUCAUUCCUUACCCACCCGGAUCCCCAUACGGCAGGACGGUGCCUGACGUCGAAAAGCGACUGGAAGGUGGGGUCUCCGAUCUGGAAGGGACAAAAACGUCGCCUUCAGGUCUCCACCGGGUCGCAAAAGCUGUCGACCAAGUCCAAAUGGUGGUGGCAGGCAGGUAGCAUACAGUUAUGGAUUCUGACCAUCUCCCUGUCUUCGGCAACUCUCGGUGCAGCAGGUUAUCUCCUCGAUCAAGGCCUGCAUGACAACCGGUUGCAAAUGCUCGGCGGUUCUGGCAUCAAAUUGCUGUGGAAUCUCGGGUUAGGGACCAUGAGCUUUGCCACCACAAUCGCGCGCAUCAAGAGCAGUAUGAUGGCCAGCGUUCUUCUGGCCAACGUUCCACAGCUUUUGGUUUCAAUUUCUUAUUACUUCUACAACGCCCUGAUGACAUCCAUGAUAGUGUCUAAUGAAUACGACCGCUAUGCGAUGGGCACACCAACAUCUGACAUCGUCGGCAAUCCCACAACGCGGCCAAAUAAAGGGCUUCGAGUCUCUGGCCGGGCGCAAGGCGUUCAGCGCGUUUCCUAUUUCCUGGGCCUUCCAGCCCGUUACAGCUUACCGUUGAUGGCUACCUAUGCUCUGCUUCACUGGCUCAUUUCGCAGAGUCUGUUUUACAUCCGUGUCCUGUUCUACGACGUUCAUGGCAGGUAUGUCGAGUCGGCGGACAUCAAUGCCUGCGGGUGGUCACCCAUGGCGAUUAUAUUUGCAAUCGCGGUCGGUGGAUUGAUGGUUUUAAUCUUGUUGGCUUUGGGGAUGAGACGGUUUCGAUCACGGAUUCCUCUGGCAGCAAGCUGUAGUGCUGCGAUUAGUGCGGCUUGUCAUCCUCCACCGGGGGAUUCAGACGCUGCCCUCAGGAAUAUCGUAUGGGGCGAGGUUAUUGGAUCUUCGAUCCCAGACACUGGGUUUGGGAGGGGGGCGGAAGAGAAGACAGCUCACUGUUCAUUCACAUCGCAGGAGGUCAAGAUCCCAUCUGUACAAAAGGUUUAUGUAUAA